CCUCCCAGCAGGGAGAAGCCCUUCAGGUGCUUGGAAUGUGGGAAGAGCUUCAGGAAGAGCACCAACCUGCUCAUCCACCAGCACAUCCACACUGGGGAACGUCCCUACACGUGUGGGGAAUGUGGGAAAAGCUUCAGUGACAGCUCCACCCUCCGCAAACACCAGAUGAUCCAUACUGGGGAACAUCCGUACACAUGUGGGGAAUGUGGGAAGAGCUUCAGGAAUAGCUUCAACCUCCUCAAACACCAGCGCAUCCACACUGGGGAACGACCCUAUUUGUGUGGAGAAUGUGGGAAGAGCUUCAGUGACAGCUCCAACCUCCGCAAACACCAGAUGAUCCAUACUGGGGAACGUCCGUACACAUGUGGGGAAUGUGGGAAGAGCUUCAGCCAGAGCUCCGACCUCCUCAGGCACCAGCGCAUCCACACUGGGGAACAGCCCUACACGUGUAGGGAAUGUGGGAAGAGCUUCAGCCAGAGCUCCAACCUCCAGGGCCACCAGCGCAUCCACACCGGGGAACGGCCCUACAAGUGCUUGGAAUGUGGGAAGAGGUUUCCCAGCAGCUCACAUCUGCUCCUGCAUGAGCGGACGCACACGGAUGAGAGGCCCUUCCGCUGCACCGACUGCGGGAAGGGCUUCAAGCAGAACUCCAACCUCAUCACCCACCGGCGCAUCCACACUGGGGAGAGGCCCUACAAGUGUGGGGAGUGUGGGAAGAGCUUCACCGACAGGUCUGGCUUGACCCAACACCAACGGACCCACCAGUAAGGGAAGCCCUAUCAGUGCCCCGACUGCGAGAAGAGCCUCAGCUGCUGCUUCCACCCCGAAUGAAGCCCCUGAUGAUGAGGCAACCCCUGGAGUCCAGUGACUGUCAGUCCAUCCCUUUCGACCACAAAG